ACCAAAUAAAAACAAAAUUUUGCAUUAAGAGUUGACAGACAAAUCUAUCCGGGAGUUUUCCAAAAAGCUAACUCUUCAUAACUGAUUAAAAAGAGUGGACAGGAAGUUCUUUCAGAGAGUGCCAUAGUUUAUACUGGUGCGUCCAGUGUGGGAGUAAAGAACUCAGGUGCAGAGCACAAAAAGACCAAAGAGUGAAAAAAAUGGAGAGUGACGAUUCUCGCGAAAUCGUUGUACAAGCAUCAAUUUUCGAGGGAGACGCCGUUGAAUCAGGCGAUGAUCUUGAUGAGGAAAUUCCAGCUGUAAUGUUUACCUGUCAGUAUUGUGAAAAAUACUUCAAAUCGAGAGAAACGUAUGAGAUUCACUCACAGAUGCACGUUGAUCGAAAUUUACGAAGGUGCGAUUACUGUGAAAAUUGGUAUCACACAGAUGAGCAACUUGAAAUUCAUCUUCGUGACCAUUUAGACAUGAAGCCAUUCUUCUGUCGUGUCUGCGGUGAUAGAUUUUCCAAUCAGCACGGCUUGGAGCAUCAUCUCCAACUGCAUGGGGGUAUAAAGCUCUUUCGGUGCGUCUUUUGCUUCGAAAUGUUCAGUGUACUAGAUCAACUGAACAACCACCUGGUACUGCAUGCCCCACCGAGUGUGUAUAAAUUCCAGGAAGUCACAGAAGAGACACCUGAGGUGUCCAAAGAAGCUGACGUACCGAGAGAAUGUCAAAAAAUUCCCCCAAUCCUUCCGGUUGUUGUGGAAGGAGCCGAAGAAGAGCGCCCAACAUCUCCGGAUAAUGCAACAAAGAGACUAAUGGCUAAAUUGCCAAAGUUGGCGCCAAAAGAUGGUGAUAGGCCACCACCGAGAGCCUCCAAAGUUAUAGCUAAAACACCACCAAAAAGCAACAUAUCCCAAACAAAGGAUCCCCCACGUGGUGGUCCACGGGACCGUAAUUCACCAACAACCUCCGCACCAGCAAACAACCGUAGGCAGAAGCCUGUGGAGGACACCGAUAGUACGGGACGAUGUAGAAAUUGUGGAAUUCACUUUGCAACGGCAAAGAAACUUCGGGUACACCUUCGGCAAUGUCGUCACAGUAAGAACAUCUGUAGGGCUAAAAGGUGAAGAUAGAACAGGUGAAAUUGGUAAAAAAAAAAGCCACAACACCCCAUCUUGCCAGAGUGACUGAAUCUCCAUGAUUUUCCUACCAUCGAUGUUUAAUGUCUCUGUGGAAAUGCGUCAUGUGUAUAUCAAUUUGCGAAUAAAUGUGAGAACGUCAGCUUAAAAAAAAA